GAUGGACACGUGAGGAAAAGCAUGACCCUAGCUGUUGACAGUUAUCACUGUACAUUACGACUUUUGGAAGCGGACGUGCUAUCCUUCUGUGCUAAAAUGUAAUUUCUAAGUGUAAUAAUAGUCAGAAUUAUAUUUCAAAACAUGGACAAUGAAGACAUACAUCCGUGUAAAAGGAUGAAGGUGGACCCAGCCGAUCGUCAUCUGAAUUUCUCCAUCUCCCCAGAGGAGUGUGAAAUGCUGUGUGUAAAGAAACCAAAGAUACCAAGGGACCCAAUGUCCCACAGAAUUAUCGAGAAGAGGAGACGGGACAGAAUGAACAACUGUCUUGCAGACCUCAGUCGACUUAUUCCUUCAAAUUAUCUAAAACAGGGUCAAGGUCGCAUUGAGAAGACGGAGAUUAUUGAAAUGGCUACACGACAUAUCUCACACCUCCAGAAAUUAAACAAACUCUUUGGAGAAAACGAGGACAUGAUGAGUCAUGAUAAGAAGCAGUGUUGUAAAGGAAAGUUUUACUUGGGCUUCAAAGAUUGUCAGGAUGAAGUCAUGCGAUUCUUUGUGGAGCAAGAGGGAUGGGAGGCAAACGAUCCUCUGUGCUGUAAAAUUAUGUUACAUCUGAGUCAGUCCAGUAGCAAGUUCAUCAGUUCAGCUUCAGGUAAAACAUCAAACCCCUGUGGCAUGGAUGAUGUUAUCAUCACAGACGAGUGUAGCAACCAGAGUUUGUCCACUUCAGAUCAGGGUUCAUAUUUGAUGUCUGAUUCUGGUAAAUAUUCAGUCCAUCCAGAAAUGUCUCCACUCAAACACAAGGACAAUUCAGAAGGUUACAUAUCAGACUUUCAACAGCAUAACAAUAGCCACAUGACUUUGGUGAAACCUGAAGAUGGUUGUUUGGGUGCUUUGGAUGAGGCAUGUUUAACGUAUACGGCACAGAAGGUGCAUGAGAAUAGUGCCUCCUACCCCAAUAGACAAGAGUAUGACAGCUGUAACAGUAGUGAUUUCAGCUCUGUCAGCAAAACUAACGCUGCCUCAGACUUUGAUCAAAGCGGCAGUAAUGUGUACAAAUUCAAGCACAACAUCACAAAGCGCUUUUCGCAAGAGGAGAAGCACCACAAUCCGACUGAAGCUAGAGAAACGAGAAACUGGCACUCGGGUGAUGGCGUAAGUAAACCGAACAGAAAGGUGUCACGUCAUCAGUCGCGCAGUCCAAGCUCAGACGAUACCGUUUAUCCCGAUUCCAGCCACAGCUCAGAUGGAGUCGAACGCCGGUGUAAGACGAGUCUGAAACUGCCUAACACCAGCAGCACUCCAUUGCCUGCAUUUGUGCUGCACCCAAAAGGAACUCAUUACAUACCACUGUCAAUCCACCCAUCUCACAUCAAAAAUAUCCUUCCCAAAGAGUCUUUGAGAGACAAUUCAAGCCUUCCCGCUUUUCAUCCUAUCAGUAUUCCUGUGAACUUUUCAGGUCCCUGUGUUUCCAUUAAGAACUUCUGUUUACAGCCCUCAUGCUCCGUCAACGGUGAAGAAACAGCAGAACAGUCAGACCAGAUUCUGCAAUGUUGUUGAUAACUUUGAUAAGAUGUUCUACGUUAUCAUAAUAGAAUCUCUAGUAUAGUAAAAGACUUGUAUCAUUCUAGAGAUGAAAAUUUUACUGAAGACGAUUUCAGUCUGUUUAAUGUAUGUCAGUACAAUAGAUGAUGUUGUGAAUGAUAGCUCUGUGAAUCUAGAAAAAUGUUAAUUCGCCAUACCUGUAAAUUCCCUAUCAGGAAAUAGGUAGAAGUGCCAUUGUUAUUGCUGAAGUUAGACUUCAGAGUUUCCUGCUACAUAUUCUAUACAGGGGUAACCUCAUUUAAAUAGCCUGGAACUACGUUCUGGUUGACAAAGAAUGAUCAGGCCAGGUUUAACCAGUAAUCUUUUUGUUGAAGGUUUUAUUCCACCAAAUUUGACAAAGGAAAAUUGGCAAUAUUGUACUAGUUCUUCAAGCACAGUUAUGUUUCUUUUAAUAACUUUUUUUUACUUUCUUUUCAGUUUUUGUCAUGGUUUCCAAAAUAUAGGUAUUUUUGUGCUUAAAAGUAUCGCUAAAUUCCAUAGCUGAAUAAAUUUUUUUUAAUUUAUGAAUAUUUAAGCAUUAUCUUAAAAGAUGUUCAGAUAUUUUGUUUCCAUUUUAGAGGCAAAAUACUCCAUUUUAAAAGUAAGAAAAUAAAUUUUUAACUGUUUUUAAAACUUUUAGAAAGAAUUGCAUUUCUUAUUAUUAGUUUGUUGAAGACAUCACAUGUUCAAUGUGUUUGGUAUAUAAGUGUUAAAUGUUGUAUUUUUAUUUUAUUUUUAUUUUAUUUUGAACAAGCAAGAGAGCCAUCAUCUUGAUAUUGGGCGUGUGGUAUGCUGGAAAUUUUAUGCCUGUGAAAUCUGUUCAAAUGCAUAAACUAGCUUAGUCUCUUAUUGGAAUGAAGAAGUAUUGAACUUCUACAUAAAUGAGUUAGACCUACUUCAAAGUUACAAGCAUUACUAGUAGGUGACUGAUACAGGCCCAUUGGGCCACUUUUUAUUGGAUUGCUAAAUAAACACAGAUUAUGUUGACUAUAAGAUGAAUACAAGAUUUGAUGCUCUUGCGAGGGGCGACAUGGAGUGAUCUCAAAAAAGUCGUGGAAUCUUAUGCCAGACUUGAGAAAACUUUAUCAUACCUUCAAUGGAGUGAAUGAUUGCCGUCUUCUUCCUCCUCUGGCCUCUGACAAUGAUGUUACCUCAAUGAAUGGCAUUGUUUUCAGUGACAUAAUUACACUGUUGACAUGACCUCCUACAAUUAUCAUGUCAGGGGGAUCCCUUUGUCUCAACCCUCUCUCAUGUGUAAAAAUGUUGAUCUGUCUGUUUGUGGUAAGAGAAAAUUUGAGAUAUUGAUUCUGCAGAUACUGACAGCUUUCAUAUGAUGUAGAUGUACAGAAGUUUAGAAGCAAGGGAACAUUUGUCAUUGUAUAACACAAAAUUUAAAGUCCCUAUUUGUAAUUUUGUAUCCCCAACUUAGUAAGGGGUAUGUAGUUAAUAUUUUUGUGUUCCUAUGGUAGUGAGUCCAUAUGUCCGUAGUAAAAUAUUAUGUACAAAAUCAAUCAUGAACUGCUGAAAUAGUGAGUUCAUAUUAACAACAUACUACCACUCAUAAAAUUGGUGGUCAUCAGUCCAGUUUUAAGGGUCAAAGGUCACUAGACAACUUUUUGAAAUAUUUUGUCUGUUAUAACCAUUUCCAAAUUAGAGGGCAUGCAUUUGUGAGGCCCUAAGCAAUUAAUCCGAGAAGUUUCCCAAUUUUUACUUUGGAAUAUUGCAAAAUCUAGUUAUCCUGUUUAAAAUAUAACAUCAAACCAUUAUGCCCCUUCUCAGCUUGAACGUAGUGGAACUGAUGGCCACUUGUGUUGUGCCUAUUAAGACUUGUCUACAAUCUUCUCCAGUCUUUAAUGGUAACAAUGGGAAAUAAAGGAAGCCAUAUUGGCUUAUAUGUAGUGAUA